AUGGCUGAGGUUUUCUCGAGGUUUGACGUCACACCGCCUGCAAGUAAUUACCCCACGUCACAGGAAGGAGCGACUGGCAUGGAGUUCUUACUUAACCCUUUUAGAGCGGAGUGA